AUGGACGACGAAGCCCGUCAAGCAAUGGCAAGCAUGAAGAUGCCGCGCCGUCCUAUAAACUUCGUUUCUGCGAAGUCGGGGGAGAUACUCAAACUAGGACAUAUCACUUGCAGAAUCAUGGAAGACGGAUCACGAACAGACAACCGCAUAGGCUCAGCAGAGUUCACGCUACCUCCGAACACGGCUGGCCCACCAGCACACUGGCACGAGAUGCACGACGAGACAUUCCUCGUCACACAGGGAAUGGUGCGGUUCCACGCCCCCGACGGCGCCCAACACGAUGCCCACGUCGGAGAUUAUGUUACCGUACCUAUCCGCGCACCUCAUACUUUCUCAAAUCCUACAAACGAAGAAGCCAAGUUCUUCAACACGUUCACGCCGGCGUUCUACAUCGAUUACUUCAAAAUCCUGGCUGAGAUAAGUAAGACAGAUGACAAGAUGAGCAAGGAGAAGAACAUGGAGGUCAUGAGCCGGUUUGCGACAAUACCUGCGAAGGAAAUGCUGGAGGAAAAGAAAUAA